AUGUCGACCUCGUCGUCAUUCGCCUCGACCGCCUUCAACCUGUACACGACGCAGCAGCAGAUCGAGCAAUGCCGACCGCGUCUGUCGCGCAUGUCGUUCGUCGGCGACUGUUUUCGCGUGUCCGGCUCAGUGCUGCCGCGCAUCUUUCCGUCGGUACUCUGCCUCACCAUCUACGCCACUGCCAUAGCACUUGCCGAUCUGGUGUGGCAGCAGCAGUGGAACACGUCCUACUCGGUCACCAGCUCGCUCUCGGUCGUCGUCGGCUUGCUGCUCGUCUUUCGCAACAGCACCAGCUACGAUCGAUGGUACGAGGGUAGAAAGCUCUGGCAGGAUGCCACCACCACUGCGCGCACGCUUGCCUUGCUCAUCUGGAUCAACGUCGAUGCCGAAAGAGAAGCAGAGAAACGGCAAGCCAGGAUCGCAAGCAAGAAACGCACGCUUCGGCUGUUAACCGCCUUCAUGGUGGCUGUCAAACACGAACUCAGGGCCGAACCAGGCACGGCGUGGGCUGAUUUUAAAGGCGUCCUGCCCAACGAGUGGAUUCGAGCCAGCGCAAUCGACGCCAAUGCCGAUGGCGCAAGCGCAAGCGCAAACGCAAAGACGAGCAGCAGCCGCACCAACACGGCGAUGGAUGUCGAGCAAGGCGCAGGCUUGACCACCUCGUCCGAAACGCAGCCUUUGCUUUUGGAUGCUGAGCACAGCGUCGACGAUGCUCUGCCGGUUUCGCAACGCAUUCUAGCCGAACUGCAUGGUUACCUUGCGUCGACGCGUCGAGCGGGUCUGUUGGACGACGCCGGUCCUGCCGGCUUUUCGCUGCUCAAUACUCAGCUUGUGGCGCUCUCGACGCUUGCGUCGUCGAUGCAACGCAUCUCGACCACGCCGACACCGCUGAUCUACGCGAUCCACCUCAAGCAGUCGUGCUUCAUCUACCUGCUCGCCUUGCCGCUCGCGUUGGUCGGAGAGCUGCGCUGGAAAAUGGUCCCGUUUGUGAGCGUGUUCAGCAUGAUGCUUAUCGGACUCGAGGGCAUCAGCAGCGAAAUUGAGGAUCCAUUCGGCGAGGAUAAGAGCGAUCACCCCCUGGAUCUGUGGUGCAGCAAAUUGAGGUGGCAGAUCGAACUCAUUAUCCAGUCUGUCGUACCAGCCGUUGAUCAAGAAUGA